AUGAAAGGGACGGCGGCGGCGGCGGCGGCGGCGGCGGCGGAAGCGGGAGGCGGAGUUGGGAAGAAGGCGGGAGGGAAAGGAGGGGCGGAGGGGGGGAUGAAGAAGGGUCCGUGGACGCCGACGGAGGACGAGGUCCUGUUGGAGCAUGUGCGGCGGCACGGGGAGGGCAAUUGGAACGCGGUGGAGAGGCUGAGCGGCCUGGCGAGGUGCGGCAAAAGCUGCCGCCUCCGGUGGGCGAACCAUCUCCGGCCCGACCUCAAGAAGGGCUCCUUCACCCCCGAGGAGGAGUUCCUCAUCCUCCGCCUCCAUUCCCAGCUCGGCAACAAGUGGGCGCGCAUGGCCGCUCAGUUGCCCGGAAGGACGGAUAACGAGAUUAAGAACUACUGGAACACGCGGCUUAAGCGCCGCCAGCGCGCAGGGCUUCCUGUCUAUCCGCCGGAGCUGCAAGACGCCUUCCGGUUUGACCGCCGCCAUCUGCGUCAGGGGACGCCCCUGCAGCUGUCCGCCACGAACCACCACUCCCAGCUCCCGCCGCUGCUGGACCUCGUCAGCUUCUGCCCUCAGCCGGAGGUCGCUCUCCCGCCGACUAAUUCGCUCCCCUGCCACUUCAGCUUCUUCGAGUUCCCGCUCCCGUUUUACUCGCCGGCGCCGACCAUCCCCGCGUCGUCUCUACUCCCGGAACCCCAGAUGUGGCCGUGCAGUUACGAUGUCAAUCCGCUGCCGAUGGUGUCGCCUCCUCGUGCGCUCAAAAUGGAGCUCCCUUCGAACCAAUUGUACACCGAUCCCGUCAUCAGAGGCGGCGGCGGGUCCGGAAAUUGCAGGCUGAUGGAAGCGCUUCUGCAGGAAACGCAACUGCAGGACCCGGAGGAUAUCAGGACGGGGGAGUUGUUACCCCUGCCGGCCGCCGACGAGCAGGCUGUGAGAUGGGGAGAGCUCUUCUCAGUCAGCGAUUACGAUUGCGGCGACGCCAACGCCGGCAUCCGUAUCAGGGAGACUUCUUCAGAGUUCAACAUGGGGAGCAAGAGUACCAGUGAAGCACUGAGCAAUACAAUGAAGGACAUGUCUGAACUCUUGGAUAUGCCGGUGGCAGCGAAUGCACAACUGUCAGUUGUUUUGAACGAAGGCGGUGCAGUCGAAGUCGAGCAGCAGUUGGAUCCUUUGCAAGGCCGGAACGUCGACCCUUGGCCAUGGAACAGCAUGCCUGGAAUUUGUUGA